GCCUUCCCCCUCAUCUCCAACCCCCGUCUCCGCCCCGCCUGGCUCGGCCCUCACUUCCACCAUGUCCCGUGCCCUCACCAAGAGUCAGGAGAAGGCGCUCAUCUCCGAGUUCCGCGAUAUUACGGGUGCCAAGUGAGUGCGCGCAUAUCCGUGCCGUAUGCCAGUAUAUGCGCCGGGAAGGGUUGAUAGUGAGGAGGUAGCGGAGACGAUCGAGUCUCACUUGCGGCCGAUAAGACUCCCUGUACGCGUUCGCACCACGCACCAGUCCGCCAUGUCGCAUCUUCCUUGCACAGCAUGCCAGUCCACAUUGGCGGUCAUACGCCUCGUUCGGGUGGUUCCGGACCUGUGCUAUGCCUGUCCGCUGUGAACGCAUUCCCAUCUGAACAUUUGAGUUCAGCUAACAGAAGUGCUAAGGAUGCUGAACGGGCCCUCAAGAAGUACAGGUGGAUACUCAACGUAGCGAUCGAUGAGUACUUCAACUCUGGUGGCGGUGCGCCAAGCAGCUCGACCGCAGGCAACGCGAAGAAGGUCGGCGACAUUUGGGAGCGGUUCAAGGAUCCAAGCCGCAACCUCAUCACAAUUGAGGGAUUCAUGAAUCUGUGUCAAGAGCUUGACAUCGAUCCCGAGAGUGACAUCGUGCUGUUCUGCCUUGCGAGCGACCUCGGGUCCAAGUCGAUCGGCGAGUUUGCUAAAGAGCCGUUCGUGUCGGGCUGGACGGAUAUCGAUCCCGGCAUCGAUUCGGUGACAAAGAUGAAGGCUGCGCUGCCGCACUUGCGAAAGAAGCUCAACACGGACGCAGCUUACUUCAAGAAGGUGUACAUGCACACAUUCGACUUGAGCAAAGCGGAGGGUGCACGCGUGCUCGCCCUCGACACUGCCCUCAGCAUGUGGCAGCUGUUCAUCCCUCCGGCAAUGGCUGCCAAGCCGUCCGCACUGAGCCACGUCGAGGCCGGCCAGUCGCCCAGUGGACCAGCCACGAAGAAUCCAAGCCUCCUCGGUGAGAGCGGGUUCCAGCUGUGGCUCGACUUCCAGAAGAGCCGCAACAAGGCCGUGAGCAAGGACACUUGGAGCCUAUUUAUCGACUUCGUGCGCACUAUCGACGCCGAAUUUAAGGAGUACGAUGAGUCGGCCGCGUGGCCGUCGACUAUUGACGAGUUUGUCGAGUACGCGCGAGAGCAUCGUUAGUUAGAGCUGUUUGACGAUUGGCAAUGUCAGUGUCAUCAUCUUCCUCUAUCCUUUGGCAGCAACAUGCAUUGUAUACCCUAUUA